CCUCUCCGCCGCGAGCCGCGUCACUCGCCAGGCAGUCGCUGCACCCGCGCGGACGCAGACUAUAAUUACCGCGCGCGGCGCCGAAAAUACGCGCCGGCGGGGUGGGGGUGGCGGCGGGUGGGGGAAGGCCUCUUCAGAGCAGCCGCUGCCGCCGCCAGCGCACCUUCACUCAGUGCGCCGCCGCGGGUGGGAAGUGGAGCAGCCAUGAGCAAGCCGUACGGCGACCUUCUGUUCAACCAGCAAGCCAACAGGCACAGCGAAGGCCAAGCACGGAACCCUUUUUCGCAAGCUGGAGGAGUAAAUUUACUGGGCAAACCAAAGUGGGACAAAAAUGAUGCUGAAUAUGGCAGGCCUGUCGCUGGUUCGAAGACCGACAUUCGAGGAAAACGAGCUCACUCUCAUAUCACCAAAGAAAUCUUGGAGCUUUGUGAAAUUAUAAAUGAAAAUGGAGAGCAAAUUGAAGGACAAGUGGUUAUUAGUUUUGGAGAACUGUUUAAUAUAUACACACACAUCUCCAACAAGGUUGUGGGAUUACUACUCCGCGGAAGGAAGCAGAAAAUAGUUGACUUCGAAGGAGAAACUCUAUUUCAGGAGGAUGACGACGUACCUAUUAUGCUUCUCAAGUCAAUAGAAGAAAUUCGUGGGCACUUCAAAGCACUACAGGAAGAGAAAGAGAAGGAAGACAAAAACGGAGGGAACUGAAAUAUUUAGCAAUCGCAUGCGCUUCCUCAGGAAGCUAACAUGAAUUACCAAAGAUUCUUUGUGAAGAUACUAAAUAUAAUUAGUUUAUUUAUUUGUUACUUCAGUAACUAUGACAUUGUAAUCUCAUCUUUUGAAUCAUUUCAAGAAUUGUAUUACUUACAACAAUUAUAUUUUGUUACUUAUUUUUUCCCGCAAUUUAAAGAGAAUAUUACUUCACGUUAAUUAAUAUUAAAAGUAGUUUACUUUUGGA